CUCAAAAUGGAGGGCCAUGAUCCAAAGGAACCAGAGCAAUUGAGAAAACUGUUUAUUGGUGGUCUGAGCUUUGAAACUACAGAUGAUAGUUUAAGAAAACAUUUUGAGAAAUGGGGCACACUUACAGAUUGUGUGGUGAUGAGAGACCCCCAAACAAAAUGUUCCAGGGGAUUUGGUUUUGUGACUUACUUUUGUGUUGAAAAGGUGGAUGCAGCAAUGUGUGCUCGACCACACAAGGUUGACGGGCGUGUAUUGGAACCAAAGAGAGCUGUUUCUAGAGAGAAUUCUCUAAAGUCUGGUGUCCAUCUGACAGUGAAGAAAAUUUUUGUUGGUGGUAUUAAAGAAGAUACAGAGGAAUACAAUUUGAGAGACUACUUUGAAAAGUAUGGCAAAAUUGAAACCAUAGAAGUUAUGGAAGAUAGGCAGAGUGGGAAAAAGAGAGGAUUUGCUUUUGUAACUUUCAAUGAUCAUGAUACAGUUGAUAAAAUUGUUGUUCAGAAAUACUGCACUAUAAAUGGGCAUAAUUCUGAAGUGAAAAGGGCCCUUUCUAAACAAGAAAUGCAAUCUGCCGGAUCACAGAGAGGUCAUGGAGGGGGAUCUGGCAACUUUAUGGGUCGUGAGGAAACUUCGGAGGUGGUAGAGGCAACUUUGGCCGUGGCGGAAACUUUGGUGGAAGAGGAGGUUAUGGUGGUGGAGGUGGUGGCAGCAGGGGUAGUUAUGGAGGAGGUGAUGGUGGAUAUAAUGGAUUUGGAGGUGAUGGUGGCAACUAUGGUGGUGGUCCUGGUUAUAGUAGUAGAGGAAGCUACGGUGGCGGUGGACCAGGAUAUGGGAACCAAGGUGGUGGAUAUGGUGGCAGUGGUGGAGGAUAUGAUGGUUACAAUGAAGGAGGAAAUUUUGGAGGUGGUAACUAUGGUGACGGUGGGUACUAUAAUGAUUUUGGAAAUUAUAGUGGACAACAACAAUCAAAUUAUGGACACAUGAAGGGAGGCAGUUU